AUGACCCCAGUACCCAGCAUGAAUCCAGAACCCAUCCAGUACCCACCACCCAGCAUGAAUCCAGAACCCAUCCAGCACCCACCACCCAGCAUGAAUCCAGAACCCAUCCAGUACCCACCACCCAGCAUGAAUCCAGAACCCAUCCAGUACCCACCACCCAGCAUGAAUCCAGAACCCAUCCAGUACCCAGCACCCAGCAUGAAUCCAGAACCCAUCCAGUACCCAGCACCCAGCAUGAAUCCAGAACCCAUCCAGCACCCACCACCCAGCAUGAAUCCAGAACCCAUCCAGUACCCAGCACCCAGCAUGAAUCCAGAACCCAUCCAGCACCCACCACCCAGCAUGAAUCCAGAACCCAUCCAGCACCCACCACCCAGCAUGAAUCCAGAACCCAUCCAGUACCCAGCACCCAGCAUGAAUCCAGAACCCAUCCAGCACCCACCACCCAGCAUGAAUCCAGAACCCAUCCAGCACCCACCACCCAGCAUGAAUCCAGAACCCAUCGAUACCCCAGCACCCAUCGAGACUUCAUCAUCCAUACUGACCCAGUCUAAAAUCAACAACAACCCCCAGAACCAUAAAACCCAUCACCAGCUCAACACCCAUCACAAACUCAACACCCAUCACAACCUCAACACCCAUCACAACCGCAACACCCAUCACAAACUCAACACCCAUCACAAACUCAACACCCAGUGCUGGUGGUUCUAA